AUGAAGUUUGGAGAUGCAGAAAAAAGAGAUAUAGCAGAGGAAGAAGAGUUCCAUGAAUUAUUUGAGAAAAAAUGUGAAAAUAGCAGAGUUUUAUUUGAAGAAAAAGCGUCAUGGACAGAGAAUCUAAAUUUUGAAACAAAAUUUGACAAAGAUAAUUUUUUUCACUGUAUUGAGGAAAAAGAAGAAUACAGUGAAAAUGAACAGGAGGCAAAGGAGAUAGAGAAAGCACCUGAAAUCUACGGAUAUGAUGAAAGAGAUGAAAAAGAGAUGGAAAUACCGAUUUAUUUAUCGCAUUUGGGAAAUCAGGAUAAUAUACAUAACGAGAUAUAUAAUGCAUGCCUUGGAGAAUCUACAAAUGAAUGGAAAACAAUGGAAUAUUUAAUGUCGAAUGAUUUAGAAUCGGAAGAGGAAGACCAAUAUAUGAGGAUGCCAUUAGCGAAUGAAUGGCAAGAAGAGAAUUCGAAAGGAUACACAAAGUUGAAUCUGGAUGAAAAUGAUUUAUCCGAUGAAUCUCUGGAUGAAAAGACGUCAUAUUUGUUUUCUCAUGAAACUGCGGGAAACAACGAUUUAACGAUUCUUUCACAAAUGGAGUUUACGAAAGAUCUUCUUAGUGAAGAACAGAGAAUAGCUUAUGUUAGCCUUUGUAAAUUAGUUCUUGUAGAGAUGAUUCAAGAGAUUUCAUCAUUGCCUCUACCUCUUAGAAGGAAUAAUGGGCAUAUGUUUAUAAGUGCUUCUCAGAAUAUGGAACUGUGGAGUCAAAAGAUACUGGCAAGACUAUACGCUCAUAUGGACAUUUCGCCAGACGAACAAGUAAUGGUCGAAAGAUUAUCUAAACAUGGUGUUGUAGUUAGUGACAUGGCAUUUAUACUCAUGUCGUCUACACAUACUAAUCACCCUACUUAUAUCUCUUCGAACAAUUACGGUGAUUUGAAUGCCGAAGAGCCUCCAUUAUUCGUAUCAAAUAUUAACGCGCUCAAAAAUUCAUCUGAUUUUAGUAAUAAAGAUAUUUUGAAGUUAGAUAUACGUUGGACAAUUUUAUGUGAUCUUUUUCUUUUAUUAGUAGCGGAUUCCGUCUAUGAUUCUCGUUCAAGAGUUUUUUUGCAAAGGCUAGGGAAAACACUUUCAGUUUCUGCUUUGGAAAUUACCAUGUUUGAAAAAAGAAUUACUGAUGAAUUAGUUAUUCAAGAAAAAUUCGAAACCUCUAAAAAUAGAGAUGCUGUUGUAAUAAGGGAUAAUUUGCCGAAAAAUAAACGGUAUAUGUUAAUGGCUUUAGCUACUAUUAGCGGGGGUUUAGUAAUUGGGCUUUCGUCAGGGAUACUAGCGCCUCUUAUUGGUGCAGGGUUAGGAGCAGCAUUUACAACUAUCGGUGUUGCAGGAACUACUGGGUUUUUGGCAGGAUCAGGAGGAGCAGCUUUAAUAACUACUGGAGGGGUCGUUACUGGAAGUAGUAUUGCAGUUAAAAAGAUGUCUAAUAGAAUUAAAAAUAUUGAAACUUUUGAAUUUAAGCCUCUUUAUGACAAUAAACGCCUUAAUCUUUUAAUAACAGUUCCCGGUUGGAUGCUUAAUGAAGAUGAUGUUAGACUUCCAUUUUCCACUAUAGAUCCAAUUAUGGGUGAUGUUUAUUCAGUAUUAUGGGAACCAGAAAUACUUCAAUCAAUGGGGAAAAGUAUUAAUAUUCUUGCAACAGAGAUUUUAACACAAUCUUUACAGCAAGUUCUUGGACAAACAGUUUUAGUUGCUUUAAUGAACGCUUUGCAGUGGCCAUUAAUGUUAACCAAACUGGGGUAUUUGAUAGAUAAUCCAUUUAUAACAUCUUUACAACGUGCAAAAGCUGCCGGUAUUGUAUUAGCAGAUAUUCUUCUUCAUCGGAAAUUAGGAGUUCGGCCUAUUAGUUUAGUUGGUUUCUCUUUAGGUUCUCGAGUAAUAUAUUAUUGCCUUUUAGAAUUAGCUCGAAAACAUGCAUAUGGUAUUAUUCAAGAUGUUUAUUUAUUCGGUACACCUGUUGUUAUUAAUCAAAAUAACUGGAUCAAAGCAUCAUCAGUUGUAGCAGGUCGAUUUGUUAAUGGCUAUAUCACAAAUGAUUGGGUUUUGGGAUGCUUAUUUCGGAUUACAUACAGUGGAAUAGGACGUAUAGCAGGAUUACAACCUAUUGAAAAAUUGCCUAAUAUAGAAAAUCUUGAUCUAACUGAUUUGGUAGACGGCCAUAUGUAUUAUCGUGAAGCGAUGCCAAAGCUUAUGAAAAAAGUAGGAUGGGUUAUUCGAAGUGAAGAAUUCGAAGAAAUCGAAGUUCCUGAUCCAGAUAAACAUAGAGAAAGACAAAGAGAGUUGCUGGAAAGUAUAGAAAUUGCGAAAAAAAAUAUAAAACAUUCAAAAAAGAUAUCUAAAAAUUCAAAUCUAAGAAAAUUGAACAUCUUUCGUAAAAAAGAAAAAAAUGCUAUAAAUUCUAAUACUUGCAACAAUGUAAACAAACAGUUGAGUUCUCCAAGCAGUCCUUUGUCAAAAGAUCAUUAUGCAUCUUCAGAUAUGGAGAAAUUGCAAAAAUUAAAUUGCAAUUUUAAUACUAAAGAAUUUCAAGAUGUUUUUGCAACGCUUAACCUUGAAUCUACAGAAACAGAUAAUGUAGAAAAAACUACAUAA